AUGGAGUUAUUACAAAAGUUUAAACAGAAUGGGUACUUUACAGCUGAUCUGUACCAUCUCAUCGCACAGAAAAAGUUGGUGGGACAUUCGGAAGAGAUAAUUCCAUCAGAUUAUAUCAGAGAAAUGAAAAUGUCAACAUUGGAGCGAUUACAGUCCUUACAUGCGAUACAAAUCGACAAUUAUGUAAUUUCCGGAAGCAAAAGUAAUAAAAUUGUGUUGUCUUUUUCACCGAAAGUUAUUGUCUUUCAAAAUUUUAAACCGAACGAUAAGAUUGUUGCAAAGUUCUCAGUUAAGAAUAUAAGCAAGGCCCCUACAUUCCUUAAUAUGGUUUUCAAAGAAUCUUCGUAUUUUUUUAUCAAACCAUGUGGACACCAGCUAUUAUCUAGGCUGGCACCUGGAAUCAGUGCCACUUUCGCUAUUACGUUUCAACCAGCUCAAUAUGAAGACUAUACCCAUCGAGUAACUUUCUACACCGAUGUUGACCAUCCAUUUUCGGUCCAACCCAAAUCUGCGUACUUGAAUCCUAGUCAAAAAGUUGACGUCCGGAUUGCGAUGAUGACGAUGCGCUUGGGGGAUAUAAAUAGCACAUUGAACGUUAUUUUUGAAUCAGGUGAAAAUUUUAAAAUAAAUUUAUUGGGACAUACGUAUACUGUGAGCGUUGAGUUGGAAAAACAAGUAGUGAGAUUUUUCGAUACAUUUAAUACCUUAGUUCGACAGCAGACAUUCAAGAUUACUAAUAAAUCCGAUCAUAUAUUAUCCUAUAUGUGUAUGAAGAAUGACUGUGUUUAUUAUGAUUUUGAAGAAAAGGUAAAAUUGGCAUCUGUAUUUUAUAAUUUAAAAGACCUCGAAUCCGGAAAAUGCGAGAAACUGGUUUAUUAUGACGUGUUGAGUAGCGACGAGCAUGAACGGGUUUACACUAGAAUAUUCUAUGAUGAGAUCCAGGCUUUGGUCGCAGAUGAAUCCUUGCAAUAUCAGGAUAAGCACUUUUCAAUUACACCUAUUUACGGCAAAUUGUGGCCAAAGAAAUCAACAGAAAUUACAAUAACGUUUUCACCAAAAGAAAUUGGUGAAUUUAGCACAAUCGCGUAUUUGGACAUAGACGGGGUGAUUGACCGCGUUCCUCUCAAGAUUGUCGGCACAUCGUUGCCGCCUUCCAUAAACCUAAAUUUAGAGACGCUGGACAUGGAUUGUGUGUAUAUAAACAAGAAAUACGACUAUGAGAUUGUCUCUAUAAACAGAGGUCAUAUCAAUGGUGUAAUAGUAUAUAAAGACGUUCCUCCGUUAUUUGGGAGCAAAAUUACGUGUACGCCAAUAAUGCAUUGUUUGAGACCGGGGGAAAAAGAUAUAUUUGUUAUUUCAUUUUGCAAUUCCAAUCAAGGACCGUUUUUCGAGGAAAUAAAUUUCGCUAUACGAGAUACAGAUGUCGUGCUUAAAGUGUAUUUAAAGGGCGUUGUUAUCUAUCCUUCGUUAAUGUUUAGCAUUCCUUGCUUGGAUUUUGGUAUGGUCAGUUUAGGUGUACCAAAAACAAUGGAAUUAGAGGUUAUAAACGAGUCUAUAGUGGAUGUAAAUGCAAAUGUUAAAAUAUCAUCAGACGGGCCUGAGAUAAGCAGUAUUACUUUAGAUGAUUAUGCUGUGACCAAUAAACCAAAACCUACAGUCCCACAAUGGCCUAGAGAAUUCAAUAUCGCCCCUCAAAAAGUUACAAUUGGACCAGAAUCAAGGGUAUCUUUAAAGAUAACCCUAACAGCAAAUUUAAUAAGAGCUAACCAGACAUCUCUGGAACUAGAAUUGGACAAAUCUGACAGCCCGCCAAUUACAUUACCCGUCACAUUUAAUGCUAUGGUUCCUGCUAUAACGCCAGCAUCAGAUAUAAAUCUUCGUGCGUGCUUUUUGGAUUUCCCGUAUAAAUGUGAUAUUGUGAUAACUGCUAAUGAGUUCUGGGGUUAUUUUACAUUAGAAGAACCUGAGGAAUCAUCAACGUUAGAAGUUGAAGUUGGCAUCAAAGAAGGCAUGAUAAAACCAAAUAGUACAUUAUGCUUACCAGUAAUAAUUAAAACAAAUGUCUUGGGAAUGCAAGAACAAUCGAUUUGUGUUAAUCUUUUUGGACUGUCCACACCAGUUCAAAUUUGUCGAAUAAAUGGGUGUGGUGUGCGGCCUAUAGUUACAUGUACACCAAUAGCUCUUCAUUGGGGCCAAGUUAAGUUAUUGACCAGAACUCAAAAAACACUUACACUUUGCAACGACUCUCCAGUGGUAGUCAAUUUUAGAGCUUCUCUGUUGAAUCGCGAUGGUCGGUGGCAAAUUCACCCUACAGAAGGUUUUAUAGAACCAGAAGGUGAAACAGAUCUUACUCUAACUCUAUAUCUUAUUGAUGCUGACAGCUAUACUAAUAAGGCUGUGAUUCAGUUGGAAAGAGUAAAAGAUAUUUUGAUUCCACUAUCGGCGACUGGUGUAGGAACGAGUAUUUUAGUUGGUGAAUUUAGAGACAGGGUAGUGCUUGGAAGGCAUUUUACUAAAAUACCUUUAAACUGUCAAGUGGUAAUGGAAAACUGUGGCACACGAAUGCACGCCUUAGAAUGGAGCGAGUAUUACAAAGCACCGAAAACAAAGCAACAUUCUGUAGCAUUCUAUAACUUGGAACCGAAAUCUUUUAAAGUUGCGGCUGGUGAGAAGUUAGAAUUGACAAUAACUGGCCUUUCCAAUAAAGUUACCACUAUUAAAGAAAUGUGGUAUCUAGUCGGAAGUGUGGAAGGUAUAAAUAAGAAGGAGUUACUUCUCGAGUGCCAAAUCAUAGCGGAAUUCGUUGACCCAAGAAUAGAAAUUUCAUCAAAUAUUAUAGAUUUUCAGUAUGAUUACGGUCCAUAUAGCGAAUUUUAUAAAUUAACAGAUAUCGUUACAAUUAAAAACGUUUCAAAAUUACCCUUAGAUUUUGAUAUCAGUGUAAAACCGCCCUUUGCAAUCAUCCAUAAACAAACAACAUAUAAAAUAUUACCUGAAGAGGAAAAUCUUUGUGGUUGUAUUUGCUAUACUGAAUCAGAUUUAAAUGUUCUUAAAAUGACAGACAGUGAUCCUUACCAGUGCAAAAUAUUUAUUGACUAUUUAACUCUUAAACCAGUGGAUCCGUUACGGAAUGAACCUCUUCAUUUCUUUCAAGAUAUAAAUAAAAUAAAAUUGGCUUUUAAUUUAACACAUGUAGUCGAAGAGCGAUUAGAAGAUCAAGAAGUUAUGAAGAUACAAAUUUUAUUUGAUACGACAAAACAUUUGACGCUAAAAUCUCGUGUUUACUGUGAUUUGUUACGAGUUAAGUUUAAGGGCCAUAAAAAUAAAGAUGUCAUUAAACUAAUUGGAAAAAUAAACUUUCCAAAUGUGCUCAUACUAACUCCGCGAAUAGAUUUUCAAUGCGUUCUUAAUGGAAGUAUUGAGAGUAAAAUAAUUAAGAUACAGAAUGUGACGCCCCUGCUCGUAUGCUAUCAAUUUAACUGGAAAAAGUACUGUAUCGUUGAGACCAAACUGCCAGAUCGAUCUGCAGAUACCGUCUACAAGAGUUCAAUAGAAACUGAAGCUAGUGGUGGUGGUGAGUUGCACGAAAUAUUAGCGUGUCGAACACCUGUGGGAUCAACUGUUGAUAAUAUAGGGAAAGAGAUUAUAGAAAAAAGUUUAAUAUCAACUACUCAGACCGAAAUGCCUAUUGAAACGAUAUCUGUUCUUAACGAAGAUAUAACACAAGACAAAAUGUUUAAAAAAUACACAACAAUGAAGACCAUUACACCAAUGAUUACUGCUGAUUACGAGUCUGAUUUUGAAUGGAUAUAUAAAUUUUCAAAAAAAGACAAAAGUCUAAACAUUUGUAUUAAUGACGUGUUACAGUUAACCCCACAUCGUGGUCUACUAAAACCUAAUGAGGUGGAAUUCAUUCAUGUUAUUUUUAGGCCUAAAGUAAAUAUGAAUAUUCGUGCUACUUUAGAGUGUGAAGUACUUGGUGGACCAGCUGAAAGUAUACUAGUUACCGGCCAAAGUUCGGAUUUGAUAUAUAAACUAAACACGGGAAAGAUUAAUUUCAAAAUAAGGUCCUUUCACGAAAAUGCCUUUGAACAAUUGAUAUUGACAAAUGUAUCACAACUGCCUUUAGAAUAUAAAACGUAUUUAAACGAACCAAAAUGGGAAAAUGAUUUAUAUGGCACCAUACUCAAUGUUAUUCCUGAUGGUAGAGUUUUAGAGCCAGAAGAGUUCAUUAGCGUUAACAUCGAAGUAAGACCAGGUGCCAUGGGUUAUUUUGGUAGUACCUUUGUAUUGGAAGUUGGUCAUCUUCCUUUUAUACCUAUUGAAGUUUUUGGAUGGGGUGUUAUUCCACAAGUCUAUAUUUCAUUACCACGACCAGACAUAGCCAAGUUAAGUCCAGAAAUUGGGUACCAAGCAAUUCCGACGCUGACCGAAGAAUAUUUGGAGGCCAUCAAUGAAAUAUUUAUGAAUCGCAUGGCAGAACACCUAAAUUCACCAUUUACAGAAAAAUGUUUUGAAGACCCAAUGUUUACGAAGGAUUGGUUUAUAUGUUCUACAUGGGAUGGAUACCCGUCUUCCAUGGAUAUUGAACUCGCAAUUGAACGGAUGCUACUGAUAAAUUAUAUUAAAUUACGACCAGAUAUUCUAAAUGUCUAUUCUACUACAUCGAAAAUGAUACCGAUACCAGGUUUUCAGACAACCCCGUACGUUAUUGAUUAUGGAGUUGUGAUAACUGGAAGUUGUAUUCACUGCUGUGUCGAUAUUAUUAAUUACGGACCUAUUGUGAUCAAACUACAUUUUGCGAAAGGGACCCAAGUUCCCAUUUGGCUCGGAUUAAAAUUGUGUGGAAAGUUAAACCCAGGAGAGUCUGGAAAAUUAGAAGCCACAUUUUCUCCAACAUCGAACGAUUUUACGGAAUUAGAACAAAAUGUUGAAACUUCGUUUAAUAUAGACGUACCCUACGGCGUAACUAUUCCAAUUCAAAUAAAAGCGUUGUGUGCAGUUCCCUAUUUAAUGUCUAACGUAAAAGCUAUCGACUUCGGUACAGUACGAUGUGGUGACAAAGUUGUGUCUUCUAUACCCUUAAAAAAUAUUGGAAAACCAACAUGUAUAUGGUAUGUGACUUUGAAGUCCAAAACACCAGGCCCCAAUCCUAUGACAGUCCUUGAUAGUUCUGGAAAGUUUGAACCAGGCGAGGGAGGCUGGCUUAGUAUUGCUUUUAAACCUAUCAUGGAGCUUCCAUACGAAGGUCUCCUAAUUUUCAAAUUCCAUAUGAAUCCAAAUCGAAUGACAAUUCCGGUGUCGGGGCAGGGUAUUGUGCCACAGGUUCACAUUAUUGGACCGAAUGUUUGUUUCCCGCCAACUCUACCCUGGGCUGAAACCACAGAUAUUUAUUUUGGAUUGACAAACCCGUGUCCAUUUCCGAUAGAGCUCAUUGUGGCGCAUAGUGAUGUAAAAUCCAAGACUACGAAGGGUCCUGUAUCAAAAACCACUACACGUGACAAUUUAAGUCCAAAAAAGGCACGAACUGAAACGGAAAUUAUAAACGAUAUUAUUGGCUAUUUAAAAGAAUCUAAAGUAGAUCCUUUGAAGGAAUGCAUUGCAGCUUACGAUGCUAUAUCAACAGCUGAUGACCAAGCUGACAAUCAUGCUAAAGGAAUUUUAAUAUUCUUUCACGGUUCACCUUGUGAAGGAGAUCUACAGUUCGUUCUAACCGACAGUGAUAAAUUAAAUUGUGUGGUUUUAGAAAUAAAUUGCCAAGAGAUGGCUUAUUCAACUGGCAAAGCACUUGGAAUUCCUACAGUCAACGUUGACAUGUGCGUUGUGGAAGCAUUAUGUACAAGCACUUGUAACGCAAAAGUGGUCAUACUAAAUGCAAUUAAUGAGAUGUUCGAUGUGAUUCAUAGAUUUAAAGGGGACGAUGAGAAACAGACAGAGAGUGAAGAUAUCUUUAAAGAAACUGAUGACGAAUUCGACAUAAUAUGGAAGAAAAUUGAGUUUUUAGCGAAUAGUAAAAACAUAGCAACUCCGCGAUCUAAAGCAAGUGAUAAAAAGAAAAAGAGAUCUUCAACAUCUUCAAUAACCUCUCAUUCAGCUGUAGGAGCUAUGGGAUCCACUACAAUGUUUCAAAUGGAUUUAACAACGGAACUCUUAACGGACUUCUUCAAGCAUCCAAAGUUUAAUCGAGGGUUCAUCGUGGAGACUUUAACGAGUAUCGUUUUCAAAAGUCCACCUUUGACGCUAACUUCGAUUAUUAAGUGUAAAAGAAACAUAUGGAAUAUACAUUUAGUGCUGUGUCAAUCAGAUUUCACGAAAUGGGCUCAGAGCUAUGAGGAAACGCAGCGAGAACAUGAACAAGUAGAUGAAAACGUAUCCAAAAUCUACGAUGAGACAGAAAUUGAAAAUAUCAUAAAUAGCUUUGAGAACAUGGAUGAAAAUGAAUUUGAAAAUGCAAAUCCGGAACAUAAAUCUAUAUAUAUUACAUAUGGGUUAGAAGACAGGAGGAGGCAAUACUAUGAAAAACAAGGAAACCCAGGUGACUACGUCAAACUAGAAAAGGGUGCUCGAGAUCGCAGUAAAUCAUUACUGGUCGUUGAUAAUGAAUCGAAGAAAAAGAUGAAAAAGGAAGAUGCUAAAGCGAAACUCACGAGUGAAUAUUUAUUAAUGAGCACAAAAUAUAACGAAUACACCAAAAAUACUUACGAUAAUUUAGUUAAUAUCGCAAAUAAUUGGAUAAUAGAAGAGGGUGAAGUGGGUUUUCCAUUAUACGGCUUUAGUGGUCAAAUCGUUGGAUCUUCUCAUAAGAAAAUGAAGAAGAAAUCUGAAAUUCAACUUCAGGUAACAUCCUCUCAAACAUCGACAAGUGAAAUACCAUCUAUGUCCAUCGACAAAACGUCUGAAGAUAAUCAAGAAGAGAUGUAUCCGUUACCUCUUCACAGUGUUAAAUGUACUUUAGAGCGUGAUAGACGAAUAGUCCUUGAGCCUGGUGAUCUUGUGAGAUGCAAAUAUUCGUUCAGUCCACAAUACGAAGGAAAUUACGCUGUCAAACGCUUCGUCGAAGUCAAUGGAUGGCCAGCCUCAAGAAUAGAUAUUAAUGUUUCGGCAAUUUGCGAUUUACCAAGGUUGGAUAGUCGUCCUAAGAAAAUGUUUGAGAAUUUCGUUCGUCGUUCGGUAGAAGACAAAGUUUACAAAGUAACAUAUAUUGACGAUCAAAAGCUAUUCGAGUUUGGGCCUAUAUUUAUUGGUUUCAACAGAAUAUAUGAAGAGCAAUAUUCAAUUGAAUUGCGAAACUCCUCGCUAAUUACAGCCGAUGUCAUUGUUGAAUUUUUGGAAGAUACGAGCGUGUUUCAAAUUGAUAAAACGUUUGUUAAUUUGGAGCCUGGAUGUCGAGAAAAGGUGACUGUCUCUGCGGCACCGGCUGAUUUAGGAAUACAUACAAGCGUCCUACUGUUUUGUGUUAAGGAUAAUCCAGAAAUAGUUACAGUAAAAAUUGCUUGUAACGGUGUAGUUCCUGUGGUUGAAAUAUUGCCUUUGACAAAAUCUAUUGAAUACGGUCGCCAUUUGCUAUAUCGAAAAGAAGAUGACAGAUUUAUCGUUAAAAAUGAUUCGAUUUUACCCAUUAUGUGGCAAAUUCACAACCCGCAAGACUUUGUUGAAGAUUUUAUAAUCGCUCAAACAUCUGGCAUUGUACCACGACAGGAUAAUCAAGUUGUACCAGUUACAUAUAUCGCCUGUAGAGUUGGCGUAAUAUCUCACAAGCCUCUCACAGUUGAUAUAUAUGAUGCUGAAGGAAGAGGGAAUCCAAUGAUAGUUGAUGCAUUAUAUUUAUCAGCGGAAUGUUACGAUGUCAUGGUGGAAUGUGCAUACGAAAAUCCCAGUGAAAAUUUCCUCAAUUAUGGAAACGUCAAAGUCAAUUCCACGGUUGUUCAGGAAAUGUAUCUUUUGAAUAGAGGAAAAUAUAAUAUUUUCUACAAGUUAAAAAAGGUCAAGAAUUUUCCUGAGCCAUCAUUGUUAAGGUCAUUUGAAGCGAUUCCCGAGUGCGGUGUUAUACCUCCCACAGUAAAAUUAAUUAAUAUUGAAUUUGAAUGCACGCCCACGACAUCCAUGAAUUUAGUCAACACCCCUGCCUACAUUUGCUCGUUGCUCGACGGAAGUAAAAAUCAGGUGGUAGUUGCGAAGUUUCCGGUUUGCGUGACCAUCGCAUCGUUUUAUAAUACAUUCACAUUGUUCCCACUCGGAGAAUUGAAUUUCCAUAUAAUACCUGUUGGUAGUGGAGUGAUGAGAGAAGUAAUCUUAAAUAACACAAGCAAAUGUCCAAUAACAUACGAAAUCAUUUUGCCUCAGCAAUACCAGUUGGACCCGGACGCUCAACCAACAGCUAAACUUAAAGAUAAUAAGAUCAAGAAUCCACCUUUGAAGUGUGGAAACUUCUUCAUAAUGAAUGAUGACAACCUCCUUGCGCCGGGAACGAGUAGAACACUUCAGAUACAGUUUAUGGCAACGGCGGCAAGGACCUUUGAAGAGACAAUUAAGUUUAUUAUAAGUGAUACGUGUCCAGCGGAAGCCUGUGGGGUGCCACUCAGAUUAGUGGGCACAGGCGCCAUGCCAACAUUAGACUUUUGGAACAUCGAAACAACUUUCAGAGAGCAUUUGAUUGUUAAAUGUCUUUCGGAUUACAAAGUGCCUGAGCAAUACAGGGCGGUGUUGGAAAUAAAACUUAAGCUUCUCGAUAAUCAAGAGAAGUCUUUCAAAGUAUGCCUGAUAGGCGAUGGUGUAAUACCAAGAAUGCGUUUGUUACAUCCUCAACUGCGCCACCACAGAAUAGCCCUGCUACAAUUCCCUGUCACGUGUUUGGGAUCGAUAAGUAAACAACAAAUUCGCUUCAAGAACAUAAGCUCGGUUAAAAGCAAAGUAAAGGCAGAUGUGUUCUGUCCGCAUAAAGAAGAAAGGCCUAUAUUUUGGAUAAAUUCAAACUUUAGUAAUUUUGAUAUGGACUAUGACGCUAAAGAUGAGAUGGCUUCGUCAUUAACGUUAACAUUGUGUCCUAAGGAAGUUUGUACUAUUAAUAUUCACUUUAAUCCAAUUCGCAAAGGAAGAGUCUCUUGUGAUGUUAAGCUGACGAUAUUUGAAAAUCCUUACGAAUUUUUUGUUGUAUUAUGCGAAGCUGAAGCAUUUAUGGAAGAUGUAAUAAUAGUGGGUCUUGAGAUGCUUUCCAUGGAGUUGGACCUCGAUGCUUUCAAGUCUGCUGAUGGUACUAUGUCGACUGCAUCUACCUCAGACACUCGAAAGAAAAGCAAGAGCGCGGCUGUUCCCAAAAAGUCAAAAAUGGAGAUAAAGAAAAGUAAAAGAAUAUCGCAAGCAUCGGUGAAGCAUAGUGAUACCACGAGCAGUAUUGAGCAUUCAUUGCAAAAAUAUUUACUGGAUUUUGAGGGCUGUGAAUUAUUUGCGAUUAAGAAACGGACAGUUAUAAUGGUGAACAAUUCGGAGAAACUAUACAGGUUCAGUUGGGAAGAGUCUGAAUUGGUUGUGGUCAAACCUUCCGUUGGCUACAUAUCACCAGGCGAAGAAAAAGACUUGGAAAUAAUUUUCUUCUCUCCCAAGCCAAUUGUAUUGAAAAAGGAAUUCUUAUACGUUACGUUGAUGGGAGUUAUUGACGAUUCGUUAACAAUGGAUAUAAAAGGAUCAACUUGGGAUAAUAGACAGACUGUGACUGCUUUUGAUCAUGAUGAAUAUGUAGGUGUCAACGAAAGAUAUCAAGCGGUAAUCGACGAGCAGUUUCACAUAUCGCCUGAAAACGCGUUGGAUAUAAUACAAAUGGUUGUGGUUUAUUCUGCGACGGCCGAGUAUACUAAAUACAGUUGUGAUUUGAAGGAGGAGUUAAAUAUGAACGAUACCUUUAUAUAUCAAACAAGAACAGUUAAUUUCAAAGUGCGUAACACAAGCAAAGUACCAAUGAAGAUAUUGUGGAACUUUGUUAUUGACGACGAAUUUCCGUCAAGGAUUGAUAAAGUAAAAACUGCAGUGAAACCCAGUCAGAAUGACGAAAAGGAUAUAGUCGAAGCAAGUCAAAUUACAUUAUUUAGCGAAAAGAGUAGCAGAGAGAGCGUCGAUACGUGGUUUGAAGUCGACCUGCCGUUUGCAAUACAACCUCCUAAACAAUGCUUGAAACCAAAUCAGAGUUGUGCAUUCAAAAUAACAUUUGCGCCGCUAGAUGCAUUUUCAUAUAAAGUGAGGCUAAAGAGUUUUAUUGAAAAUUUGGACCCAUAUGACCAAAAUAUAUCCUGUAAAAUAUCAGCAAAAUCGUUGGUCCCAUAUGUGCACUUGGAUAUUGAAGAGAGUGAUUAUUUGACUUCCGGAAAACGGAAAGGUGCCAUCGCACUUCCGCCGCACGUCACUGUGCUAGAGUUCAACGUGUUGGGAUCCGGAUGCUAUAAAAAAGCCUUCAAUGUUAUUAAUCCUUCGAAUGAGGGCUACGAAUUUAUAUUUGAAAUGGUAAUUUCGGAAAAGCCAGAGCUAGUUCCUGUACACUGCAAUAAGCUUAAGGGUUUUGUAGAUGGUGGAACAUCUACGGAAGUUGAGUUCACUUUUGCACCAACUGCUCCAGGGAUUUAUGAGUCACAGUGGAAGUUUCUUAUCCCAGUUCAUUCGAUAGUGAUGAACCUACUCGUGGUUGGAAUUGUAAGAGAGCCAGACGUGUUGUUCCUCCCAACUAUAUUAUUGAUACGUAACUCUUUAGUAGGAUUUACUUCGGAAAAUGUUGUUGUUUUGAAAAACAACGAAAAUGAAUCAUUGAACUAUGAGUUUAAAGGGAAUUCACUUUGCAAUGAAUCGGGUAAAACACCAGUUGUAGUUGAGCCGGAGAUGGGUGUUUUGAGAGCUCGAUCUGCGACCGAAAUCAGAAUUGUGUACACGCCUAUACAAGAUGGACCACUGUCGUUUAAAAUAUUCUGCAAUGUCCAAUAUUUGACGAAAGUUCUAACUCUUUGUGUCAACGCACUCAGCCAGUCGAUAAAACCGAAAAUUUUGUAUUAUUUGAUUGGGAAUGAACAUGUUUUGAACUCUGAUGCAAUAACGAAUAUUCAUCUUGAUCAGACUGCAUCAACAUACCAAAGGACUAUACCGUUUACAAUAAAAAACGACGGUUCCGCCACAUUUUUCUUCGAAUGGCAGUACACCUGCAGUGCAGUUAAGAAAUAUUUACAAGUGAGCGUUGAGCCUCACUCUGGGCACGUGAAGCCGGGAGGAGAAGUCGACUGUACGGUGUACUUUACGCUCAAACAAGUUCCGGUGCAAUCUUUUCCUAUGACCUUAUCGAUUUCGGAUGGUCCAGAAUACAGUAUAUUGCUUCAUGCGGAGAUAUCAAAACCGACAUACCAUUUUUCAUGUAUGGACUUUGAUUUUGGCAAGUGUAUCGUAAACGCUCCGGAUGCGACUUACAAAAAAAAUAUAGCAUUUGAAAACGAGGACACAUCACCUAUAAUUUUAGAUUUAAAUUUCUCGAACAUACCGGAGCUUUUUGUAUACUAUCAUGAGGAGACACACAUAGAACCUGGACGAAGAAUAAAAAUAUCGAUAUUUUUCCGACCUAAGCAAGUUAAACUAUACGAGUUCAAACUGCACUUUUGGGUUAACUCCUUGUGCGAAGAAAUCGUCACUAUUAAAGGAGAAGGAGUUCCUCUAUUAUACGAUCUGUAUGAGGGUUGCCAGAAGAGUUUUGACCUAGGAGCGGUGAAAGUAGGAGACAAAAUCGUACGACAGAUUGAAGUUAUGAAUCAUAGUAAAGUGCCGAUAGAUGCCAGUUUCAUUUUUAAAGAUAUUUAUGGUGUGACUGAUGAUGAUACGAAGUCAGAGGGGACUAGCGUUUGUCUGAGUCCAAGUACCGUCUUACCUCCUAAUCCUGAGGGAGAACUAUCCAGAGGAAAAAUGUUGCAACAAUUCAAAGAUGAAAAAAUACACGAGCAAAUAAAUAUGGAUGUACAAAAUGCGCUUAGUUCUCUGAAAGUUAUACCGAACAAGUGUACAAUAAAGCCACACAGAAAAGUACCGAUAAAAAUUCAGUUCAAACCCAUUGGAAUGAUUAGCAAACUAAACGUACAGUUGAACAUGAAAGUUUUUCACUUCGAGAGGCCGCUAGUUCGUUUGAGUGGUUGCGCAACCGGCAUGAGCCUAUGCUUUAGUCAAAAUUCUCUACAAUUUGGUCGAGUGCGGAAACGGGGUUGCAAGAUUCUUAAGGUUAUGUUGCAGAAUAAAGGUGAUUUCGGUGCAAGGUUUUGGUGGCAGCCACUUAAAUCGGAUGAGUUUCAAAUUUCGCCUAGCCAAGGAACAGUCGCAGCUCGCACGAAUGUCACAUUCACUAUAACAUUUCGUCCUGUGAAACAUAAUCCCUUUAUCAAAGUAUGGGCCAGCUGCAAUAUUGAAAACUAUCCGCCUCUCGAAUUAGCACUUUACGCAACAUGUGUGGAUAUAGGAAACAUUCAGAACAAAUCUUUAUAUCUAGAAUGUCCAGUGAGAGAAGUGCAAACGGAAUAUGUUAUAGUUACUAAUCCUUCCGACGACAUGUGGCUAGUUCUGUCGGAGAUCUCCGGCGGGCCAUUUGAGACAUUGAAAGAGUUUCAAGUGGAACCAAAUUCCACCUUCGAAAUACCUGUGUACUUCAAACCAAAAUCCAUUGGCAAACAUGAGAGUCAAGUUUUAUAUUCACCACUGGGUGAGAGUGCUCUCUUUGUGACAUUAAUUGGCGCUGCAACCCACCCUAAUCCAAACGGAACGAUUAAUAUCACAGUGUCUGCAAAAGAAUUUCAUACUGAGGAACUAUUUGUUUAUAACAUUACUGAGUUUCCAGAAGAGUACUUGGUAUCUACGGAAAUUGUAAAAAUAAUACCGGACAAAUUCGAAGGGCAUUAUGAAAUUAAAUACCCCGAUACGAUUAAAGUCUGGGGUGAAGCGGCCGCUACGUGUCGGUGGACGAUAGUUUGUUACGAGGAGUGCGAGAUACAGGUUAAGGUUAUCUUCGUCAACGUAAAGACACGCGAAUACCAAUUCUACAAUAUUAUUGUAACCGUAAACCCUAGUAAAAUCGUGGAUACACUGACUUUUGUAUGCCGCGCCCGGGAGUCAGUUCAAAUGGAGAUUUCGGUGAAGAACCCACUGUCCACGGACGCAGAGUUUCAGAUUCGAUCUGAUAAACUACACUGCUCUGACAAAUUGAUGGUCCCCAAAAAUUCUUCGGCUGUGCUUUUGAUGACGUACUCGCCUUUAGUAGUGGGAGAGUCUGAGGACUUUUUAGAAGUUAGCAACAAUUUGGUUGGUUCAUAUAUUUAUGGCGUCGUGUUAAAAUGUCUGCCUGCUAAAGAAAAGUGUUUGGAAUUUUCAACACCAUUAGGCACUUCGAUACCAUUGCGUUUGAGGGUACAAAAUAAAACUGAUGCGAAAACUGAAUUUUUUGCAACGGUGUCCCAUCCAUCAAUAUUGCUGGAGCGAGAGUAUACAUUGUCUCCGUUUGAGAAGGGAAAGUUCAACGCUAUCUUCGAACCAACGGAGAUGGGCGUUCAACAUUGUAAAGUGUCUUUCAAUUCUGCCGUCGCUGGGGAAUUUGUGUUUAAGAUAAAAGGAACCGCUACUACCCCUAAGCCUCAAGGCCCGUUUGAGAUUAAGGCUGGCGGAUUCACUAUGAUCUCAUUCAAGAAUGUAUUUCAAGACACUCGGAUGUUCAAAAUAAAUGUCGAUAGAGAAGAGUUUUAUGUUAAAACAUUGUAUGAACCUAUAAAGUCGAAGAAGGAUAUAAAGUUUCCUGUAUAUUUGAAUGAGAAUGUCUCUGGCGAGUACCCAACCGGUUGUCUGACCAUAGAGACGUACGAACCAGCCGAUCCGAAGGUGCAGUGGACAUUCUUCCUUCAAGGAGUCCCGUGAUUUGAUAAUAUUAUUAAAUAUAUA